AUGAAAGCUGUUGUGAUCAUAUGCUUGUUAGUUGUGUGUGUUUCAGUUCUUGAGGUGGGUGUUGAGGGGAGUGAAAUGCUUGCGCUGAAGAUUACAGUUUAGAGGACCGUUCGUUUUGAUGUAGCUUGAGUUGAAACAUUUAGAAUAUGAUCUGGAAAAAAGAAAUGCAAAAAGUUGGAAAACCUUAGGACUAACAGGGGAAGUACUCCAAGUGCGACGCUCAGAUUUUUUUAAGGUUUUGCACACACGUCGGGUUUGGACUAAAUAUCAAUUCCUGAAAGUUUUAGCGCGCGCGCGCUUUGCGGGCACCGCCGAGAUAUCGGUCGAUUUUUGCCGCCGAGAGAGCACGCUAAACGUGGAGAGCGGUCAGAGGGAAAAGCGCUUUUUGGCCUUAACUUUGGCAGUUUCGUGCGGAAAAAAUUGAUUUUUUGUUGAAACAUUAUCCUUUACAGUUGAAAUAGGCAUGAAACUUUUCAUGCCGAAAUUCUUCAAAAAGUCCUAAAUUUUCGCCGACUUUCGAUCUAAAAAUCUCGGUUGUUCCUGCAAAGCGCGAGCUAGGAUUCUCGCAUAAAUUUUAGAAAAAAAUUAUUCUAAACCUGUGCUAAGUUUGACCAAAAUCUGAGCGUCGCACUUGGAGUACUUCCCCUUUAACUUGGGAUUUGUUAUUGCAGAGUUUCAAAGACUUUUCCAGGCAUGUUCUCCGAAGCCAUCCACAAAGAAGAGCAGUAAGAAUAAGAACAAAAAGAAGACCACCAAAAAAGGCAGUAAGAAGACAACAAAGGCAACCACCACAACAGCGGCCUCUCGAAAACGCCGGGAAACAUCUCCAAUCGUGGUUACUCUUUACUCGACCACCUCCAUCGACGAGCUUGAUGAUUUACUUGAAGAUUUGGACAAUCUCAUUGAUGGAUAUGACAUCAACAAAGAGUUGAUUUUAACUCCAAAACCCGACAUUCGAAUUGACGAAGAGGAUCAGGUUGUUUUGGAAUACAAAGUGGAUCCAGAAGUCGAUUGUGGAGACAUUCAGAUGGCCAUAGAGAGAAUUAAAGAGGAAUUGGAUGAUGUCAGUCAGGUUCAUGUCAAAUGCAAAGAUUUGGAGUUGUCAUUUUAG